CACUUAAUCAGUUUUCAAAAUACUUUUGGUCAAAAUACUUUGGUCUUUUGUUUUCUAUGGUUUCUAUGGUUUUUAUGGUUUUUCCGUAAAUUCUAAUCAAUUUUAAACAAACAUCUGUUUUGUUAAAUUUUUGAAAAUCAAAAAAAUGUUAAAGUCUGUCAAGAAGAAAUGAGUUUGAGAAAACUGCAUCAAUAUUUAAAUGGACGUCGAUUGACUUUUUUUAUUUCAAGGAAUUUAAAUAAUAGUGAGGAAUUUCUAAAUGUACCAAAGGGACCAAAAGACGCAUAUAAUAAAUUACUUCAAGAUGGAACAUUGCAUAGAGAUGACCAUCAAAUCAGAAUUAUUGAAAAAUUGAACAAGCUCUCUGAACAUCUCAUAUUAUAUGAAGAGUCGUCUAACAAAUCUUUAAUAAUGAAAUGGUUCGGUCAAAAACUUGAAAACAAACCUAAAGGAGCAUACUUAUAUGGAUCUGUUGGUUGUGGAAAAACAAUGAUUAUGGAUUUGCUGUUUAGUAAUGUACAAUUAAAAAGAAAAAGAAGAGUUCACUUUAAUGCAUUUAUGUUGGAUAUACACAAGAGAAUUCACCAAAUUAAGAAAGAAAAUGUUCCUUUACAUUUCAAUAAAAUUGAUAAGCCAUUAGAUCCUAUUAUUCCUGUGGUAAAAGAUAUUCGAAAAGAAACUACAUUUCUUUGUUUUGAUGAAUUUCAAGUGACAGAUGUUGCUGAUGCUUUGAUUUUAAAGCGUUUGUUUACUGGCUUAUUUGAUGCUGGAAUAGUAGUAGUUGCAACUUCUAACCGACAUCCGUCAGAAUUAUACAAAAAUGGACUACAGAGACAUGAUUUUAUUCCUUUUAUCUCAAUUCUUGAACAAAAUUGUGAAGUUAUUCACUUAUCUUCUGGAAUUGACUAUCGGUGGUUAUGUGUUAAUGAAAGGGGUGGUUCAUCUUUACUUAUGUCUGAUCAAAAUACUAGAAUUAAAAUUGCAGAGAUGUUUGAGCUUUUUUGUAAUAUUGAAAGAAAGAGUGGUCAUUUAUUAGCGCCACAAACUUUGAUAGUAUUUGGGAGAAAGCUUAUUAUAAAAAACGCAUGUGGUUCUGUAGCACGCUUUACAUUUGAAGAAUUAUGUAUAGAACCAUUAGGUGCUGCUGACUAUAUUGCGAUUGCUUCUUCAUAUAAGACAGUGAUUGUGGAAAAUAUUCCUGCAAUGAGUGUUAGAAGGAAAGUUGAAAUGAGACGUUUUAUUACCAUGAUUGAUCAUUUUUAUGAAUACAAGGUUCGUAUGGUUUGUUCAACAGAAAGACCCUGGAAUGAAAUGUUUAUUGUUGAAGACUAUGAUUCAGAUGAAGAUGUAGAUAAGCAACUCAUAGAUGAUCUACAAUUGAAACGUUUAAAAAGCAAAAAUGUUAGUCUUUUUACUGGUGAGGAAGAAACCUUUGCGUUUAAAAGAACCCUAUCUCGUAUUAACGAAAUGCAAACGGAACAAUACUGGGAUAAGUGAGGCAAAACAAGCUGUUUUCGCUAAAUUGAAUUAUGGUCGCUAAGCAAGUGAAUAAAAUGAUGGAAUUAUCGUUGCCUAGCAAAUAAACUUUAAAUAAAAUUAUUGUUUUAAUAAAAUCAUUAUACUUUCCGUA